AUGGACAUGAGGUACGAUGGAACACAAGAUCCCCAGGAGCAUCUGACGGCCUUCGAGGCCAGGAUGAAUUUAGAAGGGGUAGGCGAAGAGGUCCGGUGUCGCGCCUUUCCGGUCACCUUUGCAGGACCAGUGAUACGGUGGUUUAACAACCUCCCGCAGGGAUCCAUCUCUAGGUUCUCGGAUAUUAGCCGCACCUUCUUGGCCCAAUUCACGACAUGGAUCGCGAAGGCAAAGCAUCCGAUCAACCUAUUGGAGGUAACCCAAAGGCCCGGGGAGCCAACCAGGAAAUACCUGGACCGGUUCAACGACGAGUGUUUAGAGAUCGACGGCCUAACCGACCCGGUGGCCAGCCUGUGCUUAACGAACGGGCUCCUAAAUGAGGACUUCAGGAAGCACCUCCCUACGAAGCCAGUAUGGACGAUGCAAGAGAUACAGGGUGUGGCCAAGGAGUAUAUCAACGACGAAGAGGUCAGCCAGGUCAUAGCUGCCAAUAAACGGCAACCCUCCUACAACCAAAACUGGCAGCACGGUAGCGGAGAAAGACAGAAGGAACAUGCCAGAGACGGCGGACCGAGCAAGACACCCAGGCCGUUCCCUCAAAUAGCCGAGAAGGAAAUUCUGUCGAAGCCCCGACCUCUGAAGGACCGGACCGGAGGAAACAAGAACUUAUAUUGUGAUUACCACAAAGGAUACGGGCACAAAACGCAGGAUUGCUUUGACCUCAAGGACGCGCUGGAACAAGCGAUCAGGGACGGAAAACUGGCCGAGUUCUCCCACCUCAUCAGGGAGCCGAGGAGACGAGAUCGCGACCGCGAAGGAGAGGACAGGACUCGCGUGGCGAAGCGACUCCAUGAGUCGGAGGAUAAUGAACACGGCCUUACCAUAGUGAACGUGGUAACGGCAAGAGACGCGGCCCCAAGGUCGAAGUCGACGCAGAAGAAGGAUGCCAAGGUCCUAGCGAUCUCGUCCUCUAGUCCCGCGCUGAAUCCGAAAAGGACCCCACCCAUAUCGUUCGGACCAGACGACCAGUGGUUCGAUGAGAUAAUGGAAAAUCCACUAAUGGUCAUCAAGGCCAGGGUGGGAACAUGCCUGGUCAAGAGGAUCCUCGUGGACACCAGCGCUGACUCGAACAUCAUGUUCCGCAACGUGUUCGACGCCUUGGGCCUUCGGGAAGCCGACCUGAAAACCCACCAGCACGGUAUAGUAGGCUUAGGCGACCACUUCAUCACGCCUGACGGGACAGUGACCCUACCUGUGUCCGUAGGGUCGGGUCAAGAGAGAAGAUCGGUGAUGGCGGAGUUCGUGGUCCUCCGAGACUCGACGACCUACAACAUCAUCAUGGGGAGAAAGACCAUCAAUGACCUCGAGGCAGCGAUCAGCACAAGAAUGUUAGUAAUGAAGUUCAUUACGGAUAGAGGAGCUGUGGGAUCCAUAAGAGGGGACCUAGAAACGGCAGUCGCUUGUGACAACGCCAACCUCUCCCUGAGAAAGAAGUCUAAAGAAGCGUCAGGAGUGUUUCUGACCGACAUAGAUGCUAGAGUCGGCGACAACCCUAGACCCGAGCCAGAAGGGGACUUGGAAAAGUUUAGGGUCGGCGACACGGAGGAGAAGUUCACGUUCGUGAACAGGAACCUCCCACAUGAAUUGAAGAAACAUUUGGUGGAAAUGAUCAAGGCCAAUGGUGAUUUAUUCGCUUGA